UCUGCACACAGCUGAGCAUCCUGAGCUCUCUGCUCCUGCUGUUCGCCGGGACUUUUAAACUCUCAGCUUGGAGCUCAAGAAGCACACCGUGAAGAAGGAUUUAACAGCCACAGGUGUGCCAGUCUUUCUACAACAGGAUGAACAUGAUCCGGGGGACGGUGCUGAUGGCUUUGUAUGUGACUGUCACCUCAGCCACAUAUGAUGUUUAUGAGCAGCAGUCCUAUAUGGACCCAGAGGAUGUACUGAGUGUCAUCAUUCUCCUGGAGGGUCCACAGCGCCCUCUGCUGGGGGGAACGCUGAUGCUACCGUGCCACUUUGAGGAUCACACUGUUGACGACCCUGGCGCUCCCACCAUUGCCCCCUUGUCUCAUCGGAUCAAAUGGAGCUUUGUGACUAAAGAAAAGGCCACAACCAUCAUUGUUGCCCAGGGGGGGAAAGUGCAUAUCACUGAGAACUACCAGGACAGAGUCCAGCUGGUAGCUUAUCCUGGGACCCCGACAAACGCUAGCAUCAGGAUAUCUGAGCUGCGUUCCAGUGACACGGGAGUGUAUCGCUGUGAGGUUCAGCACGACAUCGAGGACAACCACAGCAUCGUGCACGUCCAGGUUCAAGGCACUGUGUUCCACUACAGGGCCAUCAUGGGACGCUACAGUUUGACUUUUGAAAAGGCGAAGGCAGCGUGCACCCAGAAUAGUGCAGUAAUGGCUUCACCUGAACAGCUCCAAGCGGCAUACGAUGACGGUUUUCACCAGUGUGACGCUGGCUGGCUCUCUGAUCACACAGUCAGGUACCCAAUCCAGAGUCCUCGUAUGAACUGCUAUGGUGACAAAGUAGAACUGCCUGGAGUCAGGACCUACGGCGUGAGGGAUCUCAAUGAGACUUAUGAUGUUUACUGCUUCACUGAGAAGAUGACAGGCAGAGUUUUCUACACUGCGACUGCAGAGAAGUUCACCUUCUCAGAGGCUGUGUUGGCGUGCUCUAAUAAGGGUGCUCAGCUGGCCACUACAGGUCAGCUGUACCUGGCCUGGCAAGGAGGGAUGGAUGUCUGCAACGCUGGCUGGCUCGCAGACAGGAGUGUCCGCUAUCCCAUCAACAUUCGUAGGCCACAGUGUGGAGGCGGGCUGAUCGGGGUACGGACUGUUUAUCUUCACGCAAACCAGACAGGAUAUCCUCUUCCCGAGUCUCGCUGUGACGCCUUCUGUUACACAGAAUCGACUGAUGAAGACGGCUCAGGCAUGACAGAAGAGGGCAGCGGUGUGCCGCGAGUCACCACAGUGACACAGAGCCCAGAGGUGUUCUUCAGGAGCACGACGACAGAGAGUGAGGCUGCCGGAGAGGUGGAGACUAUGAUGCCCACUAACGUGGACUUCACCUACACAGAAAGCCCCACUGACCCGCCUCUGGCUGAGCCGCCAAACAUCAUCGAGUCUGUCACUGAUCUGAUACAGUCAGCCACAGCACAGCCAGAUGUUGGCAGGGAGCCACACAAAGGCUUUGUGAUACCUCCAAGUGGCGUGGUCUUCCAUUACCGUUCAGCUGCCGGCCGCUACGUUUUCACCUUUGUCGAGGCCCAACAAGCCUGCCAGAGUGUCGGAGGCUCAAUCGCCACGCCUCAGCAGCUGCAGGCAGCGUAUGAAGCUGGAUACCAGCAGUGUGACGCAGGUUGGCUACUGGAUCAGACUGUAAGGUAUCCUAUCGCUUACCCUCGAGAAAGCUGUGUUGGAGAUCUGGGAGAUCGACCCGGGGUUCGAUCCUACGGUCUGAGGCCAGCACACGAGAGAUACGAUGUGUACUGCUACACUGACGGGCUCAAAGGAGAGGUUUUCCACAUUGAAUCAGCUGAAGGUUUCACUUACAGUGAGGCUGUUCGUAGCUGUCAAGAGCAGAACGCCACAGCGGCCUCCACAGGACAUCUCUAUGCUGCCUGGAAAAUGGGCUUUGACAAGUGCCGUGCAGGCUGGCUACUAGAUCGCAGUGUGCGCUAUCCCAUCAACAAUCCACGUGCGGAGUGCGGAGCGGGUAAAAUAGGAGUGCACACUGUGUACAAUCACCAGACUGGCUAUCCUGAACUUGAUGCCAGAUUUGAUGCUUACUGUUUCAGAGCUGACGUUCGGCUUAUUGCAGAUGAAACUGGACUGAACGUCACAGAAAUUGAGGAGGCUCUACUAAAUCUCACAUCAGCUACCCAUUUGUUACGACCUGCUGUUCCCUCCAUAUCUCCUCCCAUCAAUGUAGAGAAUUCAGGCUCUGGUUCAGGCUCAGGAGACACUUCUGUAGUAGAUUACACAUCUGGAGGUCACUCUGGAGAAUCGUCUGGAUCUGGACAGCCAUGUUUGUCUGCAGACGAGAUUUUCUCCUCUGGUUCUGGAGAUAAGGCUACUUCUGGAGAUGGCUCUGCUUCUGGAGACCUCCCUUCCUCUGGCUCUGGAGACCUGGCUGGCAGUGCGCAUGCUGACCUACCCAGCGGAGAAUCAGGUCCCAGUAGUACAGAUGUUUCUGGAUCAGGUAGUGGAGAAGGGUCCACGAUCAGUAUUUGUUUUUCAGGCACUGACUCCACUCCUUCAGGCGAGGACUCAGGUUCUGGAGGACCUCAAGAAGCUGGAGAGGGAAGCACAGAGAUCCUUACUUUCCUUUCAUCUAAUGUGGGAUCUGGAGUGCUGAGUGGUAGUGGGGAUGCGUCCUGGUCUGGAUCUGGUUUCAGUUCUACAGAAAGUGGUUCUUCCACAGACAUGUCCUCUGGUUUCGUCACUGGUCAGGAGUUUUCUGGCUCUAGCAGUUUUCCAUCCAAAUUUUCCUCUGGAAGUGGUAGUGGACAGUCAGGAGAGCUUUCAGGGAGUGGAGACACUCAGAUCUUAUUGAUAGAUGAUAAACUGAUUGAUGCAACCACCUCCAGUAAAUACAGUGAGCUUAGUGGAGACUUCUUCAGUGGCUCUGGGGACAUUUCAGGAUCUGGCGUUCUCAUUUGUGAUCUUAAUGGAGAUUGCAGUGGUGACCUCAGUGGGGACCUCAGUGGUGAUCUCAGUGGUGAUCUCAGUGGGGACCUCAGUGGAGACGUCAGUGGGGACCUCAGUGGGAACCUCAGUGGUGAUCUCAGUGGAGACGUCAGUGGGGACCUCAGUGGAAACCUCAGUGGUGAUCUCAGUGGGGACCUCAGUGGGGACCUCAGUGGAGACGUCAGUGGUCAUCUCAGUGGGGACCUCAGUGGGGACCUCAGUGGGGACCUCACUGCCUCGGCCUCGGGAGGGGUCUUUGAAUUUUUCCCUGGUGUGACUUUGGUGGGUUCAGGGUUCACUGAGCUGACAGGGUCAUCGUCUGGAGUGGAGGAGGAGGCGUCUGGGGUUUUACUCUACAGUUCUGCAGAGGGAAGUGGUGGAUAUCUGUCUGGAUUUGGAAGCUCAAGUUUUCAUUCUCUGUCUGGAUCAGGACUUUCUGGAUACGAGUCCUCUACAAGUGGAGGAGGAGGCAGUGUUAUCUUUCAGUCUGAGGAUCUAAUGACAAAGGUAUCUGAAAACACAUCACCAGAGGACUCAGGCACGCUGUUUUCGGAGCUUGGUAAGGGGCCGUUGGAGUACAGUGGAGAAGGAAGUAGUAGUGGCAGUGGUUCUUACCCUGGGAGUGGAGACUCUGACUCAUCUGCUGCCAGCACGACUUUUUCAGAAGGCCCUUCUAGGCAUCUGCCAGUGGCCUAUCCCAUCAUUGAGUGCAAUGUGACAGAGAGCACCACAGGACCACAGGAGGACCCUAAUGGCGUGCCAGAGACCCCCGAUGAUGUCCCUGUAACUCUGGCCCCUGCAGUUGUCCCGGCAGGACUAGCAGCACCUCCCAUUACAGUUGCACCACCCUCUGUUCAGACAUCAGGCCCUGUUGAAGGACAUGUUGGCCCAUGUGAACCGAACCCCUGUGGCGAUACUUCAUGCACUGCAGAGAACGGCGUUGCCUUCUGUGACGAGGUAGAUGUGUGCCGUUCCGACCCUUGUGCCAAUGGAGCCACCUGUGUGGAGACUGUAGACUCUUUCAAAUGCUUAUGCCUGCCCAGCUACGGAGGGGAGCGCUGUGAGAUCGAGGAGCAGCCGUGUGAAGAAGGCUGGACUAAGUUUCAGGGGAACUGCUACCGACACUUCACCGAGAGAGAGACGUGGGUGACAGCGGAGCAGCGCUGCCGCGAUCACAACGCCCACCUGGUCAGCAUCAUCUCCCCAGAGGAGCAGAACUCUGUCAACGCAAAUGCACAAGACUACCAGUGGAUCGGGCUGAAUGACAAGACCAUAGAGAAUGACUUCCAGUGGACUGACGGCACUCCUCUGCAAUACGAGAACUGGAGGCCGAACCAGCCGGACAACUACGUGAACUCUGAAGAAGAUUGUGUGGUGAUGAUCUGGCAUUCUGAUGGCCAGUGGAAUGAUGUACCCUGUAGUUAUCAUCUGCCCUUCACCUGCAAGAAAGGCUCAGUGUCCUGUGGUGCCCCGCCGGAGGUGGCCAAUGCUUGCAUGUUUGGCAAAAAGAGGGUGGUGUACCCCGUCGGCUCCAUCAUUCGUUAUCAGUGCAAUCCAGGAUUUAGACAGCGCCAUCUACCGCUGGUGCGCUGUCAACCAGACGGACAGUGGGAGGAGCCCCAAGUGAAAUGCACUGAUGUGAAAAGUCAAAGGAGAGCACAGAGGAGGAGCCGCAGGAGUCCAGAACGCAACAGCAGGCGUCGCUAAGGAGUCAAAAUAGCAAUUUAUUAUUUCAAAAGAACAUUAAUGGGACACAAAAAUGAAUUUUCUAUAGUCAAGAAGAUUUCUAGAGGUAAUGUUCUGGAACACACACAUGGGAGUGGCUACACCGUGGUAAUGUGAUUUUUUUUUUCUGUGGCUCCUGUCCUUAUUUUAUUGUUCUGGUUGUUAAUGGUUAUUGUGUGUCUUGUAAUAUAUUUUUGUUUAGUAUUGCUGGCACACUUUGAUUCACAGAUGGUACGUUCUGCUGUAGAUGUUAUCAUAGAGACGGACGCUGGUGCAGGAAUCAUGUUAACAUGAUUCAUGAAGUCAGGCACCAAAAAGUCAUACGUGUGGGUGUAUGUGGCACGCCGGAGAUACUUCUGCAGGUUCAAGGUUAUUCCUUCUUUUUCAAAUUCAGCUGAGGUUCAGUUGAAGAUUUACACAGUAGUGUAACUAGUGCAGUUACAAUUAAAAGGCAUGAGCAUGUAAGACAGCUCUAAAGCUGAGAGAUCCCUAACAGGCCGCAUACAUGAAGAUAUAUGAGUUCAGUCAUUUGGACUUUUGGGUUAUGUUUGGGCAGAAAUGAUCCAAGUUUAACUAGAACUGAGGGGACUGUGCUAUCACACCUGUUAGGUGGUUUCAUUUAGACCCGGGGUUGUUUUUGCGAAUGUCACGUGAACAGACUUUGUAACAAACUGGGGAGAUAAAGUCACAAUGGUUCUCACUAGUUCUCAUUAAAUAAAUCAGUAAUAUUGUGAAUUUAUCUGUGAUUUUAUUGUUGUUAUACAGCUGAGAGGUUCAUUCAACUACUGUGGCGAUCCAUGUUAUGCAAGAACUAGCCAAAAAUCUAUAUUAUUUAAUAUGAAUAUUAUAUUUGCUUACUGCAUAGAAAGAAGAUUCAGUAAAGAAAAACUCAGCACUUGUGUUUAUUAUUGACAUUGUAUGAAAUCUCAAAAUUCUGUGUGCCCAGAGAGGCCUUAUGGACAUGAAGCAUGGCCGAGCUAAAUCCAGUGGAUGAGACAAAUGAAAAAAAGACAAGAAGGAAGAAUUUAUAGUGAACAAAAAGCAAACAGCCAACGGUCCAAUAUGCCUUAUUACUGAGCCAGUAACUAUUGUCCAAGACAACAGCAGCAUUAGCAGCACACACGAGCUUCUGCUCAGCUCAAGCUUUAUUUCUUAAUUAUGUUAUGCCUAAAGCAGUCAGUUUGUCACACUGGCUGGUUUUAGCGUUCUCUUCUAUGUUCAGGCAUUAAUCAUCCGCCACGAGCUGUGCAGUGCGUAGCUUCUCAGCGGAGCUACAACAAUGAGCCUGUUUCCUGUUUCAUGUCUGUAACGUCAGAAGAAAUGCACGGAGCCCGUCAGCUGCCAUGUUUCUCUGCAAACACAGGAUUUAUUUGUGUGGACGAGUCAUGUCUGCAGAGAAGGUCUUCAUCUGUGCGAGAGACUUCAUUAUGUGUUUGGUGUUUCUCGAUCAUUCUGGCACAGUUCUCUCAUCAUACUAAAUACGUUCAGCAGCCACUUUAUUAGGUACGCCUAUGCAUUACAGUAAUGCACCCAUGUCAGCGAGUCAAAGCGUUUAGUCAUGCAGACGUGGACAGUCUGCUGAAGUUCAAACACACAGAUGAAUAACUCGUCACAGAUGUUUCUGUUGUCACAGAUAAACUGGCACACACUGUAGAAAAAUGUCACCUUAUGGGACCACAGGGGCUCUUUGCUGCAGACGUUACAGUUUCUUUAUUUCCCAACUUUGACUGCAUUCAUUCGUACACUUGUUUUAUGUCACUGAUGCUGUACAUGGAGGCUGUGCCUCUUUAAAAAGCAUAAACCAAAGAGCAAGAGUUCACCUUCAAAGCUGUGCAUGUUUCUGACAUAGAAUCUUUUUUACUGAAUAAAAUGCAUCUAUUCUAUAGUUUCUAUUGUUGUCUAUAUGACAGUGUUGUUGGUUUGAUUAAAAAAGACGAAAAAACUAUAAAGAAUGCUUCCUCACA